AUGGCGUGGAAGAUGUUGCCUGCGGCUAGCGAGCUCUUUCCCGCGCUCGUCCGGGCCGGCAAAGCCACUCCUCCCCGGGCACCGCCACCAGCUGCACGCAACAGCCCAUCGCCCACCGUCCACAGGCACGCCCCUCCUCCCGCGGCACGGCUCUCCGGCGGCGCGGGGACAACAACGACGACGCUGGUAGUCGACGUCGACGGCGCCCUGCUCCUGUCGCGCUCGCUCUUCCCCUACUUCAUGCUGGUCGCCCUCGAGGCCGGCGGCUUCCUCCGCGCCCUCGUCCUGCUGCUCCUCUACCCCGCCAUCCGCUGCUGUUGCUGCUGCUGCCGCCUCGGCGGCGGCGACCUGGCCGUGCGCGCCAUGGCCGCGGUCGCCUUCUGCGGCCUGCGCGCUCGGACGUUCCGCGCCGGCCGCGCCGUCCUGCCGCGGUGGCUCCUGGAGGACGUGGCGGACGAGGCGCUCGACGCCGUGCGGCGGGCCGGCGACGACCCGGCAAGGGUGGUGUGGGCGAGCGCCAUGCCGCGGGUCAUGGUGGAGCCCUUCCUCAGGGAGUACCUGCAGGUGCCGGCCGCCGCAGCCGUCGCGGCGAGGGAGAUGAAGACGGCGUGGGGUUUCUACACCGGCCUCAUGGAGGGAGACGAAGACUGUGAGGCGGUGCGGAUGGUGACGAGGAAGAGGACGACGACCAAGACGGCGGCGUCGGCACGGGAAGGCGACGACGUCGACGUCGUGGGGUUCUCUGCUGGAGGCUCCGUGGAGUUCCUCUCCAGUCCUCUCGCGUCCAUUUGCAAGGAGGUGUACGUGGUGAGCCCGGAGGAGCAGAGCAAGUGGCGGCGCCUGGAGCGGCGCGACUACCCGACCCCGCUCGUCUUCCACGACGGCCGGCUCGCGUUCCUGCCGACGCCGCUCAACACGGUGGCCAUGUUCACGUGGCUGCCCCUGGGAGCGGCGCUCUCCGUCCUCCGCCUAGCCAUCUCGCUCGCGCUGCCGUACAGGAUCGCCACGGCGCUCCAUGCCGCCACGGGCCAGUCGUGGCGCCUCCGCGGCUCGCUCCCCCCUCCGCCGCGAAACGGCAGCAGCGGCGGUCAGCUGUACGCGUGCAACCACCGCACGCUGAUCGACCCGGUGUACGUGUCCAUCGCGCUGGACCGCCCCGUGCGCGCCGUGUCCUACAGCCUGAGCCGCGUGUCGGACCUGCUGUCCCCGAUCGGCUCCACCGUGCGCCUGGCCCGGGACCGCGCCCGCGACGGCGCCGCCAUGGCGCGCCUGCUGGCGCGCGGCGACAGCGUGGUGGUGUGCCCCGAGGGCACCACCUGCCGGGAGCCCUACCUGCUCCGCUUCAGCCCGCUCUUCGCCGAGCUUGGCGGGGACGCCGGCGUCGUGCCCGUCGCGCUGGCGGCCGAGACCGCCAUGUUCUACGGCACCACGGCCAGUGGGUGGAAGGCCGUCGACCCCUUCUAUUACCUGUCCAACCCCAGGAUGUGCUACACGGUGCAGUUCCUCGACAGGGUGGACACGGCGGACGUGAGCGGCGACGGGAAGAAGGCCGCCAGCGCCGACGUGGCCAACCGCGUGCAGCGGCUCAUCGCGGAGGCGCUCGGCUACGAGUGCACCAUGCUCACCAGAAAGGAUAAGUACCUCAUGCUCGUCGGCAACGAUGGCGCCGUCGCAGCGCCGCCAAUAAGAAGUUGGUCACCCAAGGGUAUGCUCGCCCGACAAGUUAACUUUGUCACCUUCGUUACGUUCGAGUGA